UUCCCAGAAAAAAAGGUUGCAGUUUUAAGAAUCACCUGAAGUUCGCUUAGAAUGGUUGGACUCUCUCUACCUACGAUCUGAAAAUCCCUAAUCUAAAGCCUUCUUCUUCUUUCUUCCUGUUUUCUAGUAAUCUCUUCUUCUGUUCACUUCUGUGUCCCUUAUAAAGUUUCUGCCUUUUUUCCUCCAAGAAUUCCUUUGUUUCUUUUUUUCCUUCUUCGGCUGUCGUUUUAGUUAGAGAUUGGUGGAGGGUUUCGGUUCUUCCCUGAAUCUCUUCGACUCAAAGAAGUUCAAUUGAACAAGACACUGAUUCAUAUCUGGAGGUGCCCAAUUGGAGACAAGCAUGAUAGAUGUUAUGAAUUCGUUGAGAGAUCCGAUGAAAGGAAGCCAGGAAAAAUGUUUAGAUCCUCAGCUAUGGCAUGCCUGUGCUGGUGGCAUGGUUCGUAUGCCUCCAGUGAGCUCCAAGGUCUUCUAUUUUCCUCAGGGACACGCCGAAAAUGCUUACGAGCGCGUCGAUUUCGGGAAUUUGCCAGUCCCCGCUAUGGUUCUUUGCAGAGUCUUGGCCAUUGAGUAUAAGGCUGAUGCCGAAUCCGACGAGGUUUUCGCCAAAAUCAGGCUGAUACCCUUGAAAAGCGAUGAGCUUGAUUACGAGGAUUGCGAUGGUGAUGCCGGUUUUGGCGCGUGUAAUAACGGAUUCGACAGUAACAACGAGAAAACGCCUUCCUUCGCCAAGACAUUGACUCAGUCUGAUGCCAACAAUGGCGGCGGAUUCUCCGUUCCUCGUUACUGCGCAGAGACUAUCUUCCCGAGGUUGGACUACAGCGCUGAGCCACCGGUUCAGACCAUUCUUGCAAAGGAUGUUCAUGCAGUUAUCUGGAAGUUUAGGCACAUAUAUAGGGGGACCCCUCGCCGGCAUCUUCUGACGACGGGGUGGAGCAAUUUCGUGAACCAGAAGAAGCUCGUGGCCGGUGACUCGAUCGUCUUCAUGCGAGCGGAGAUCGGGGAUCUUUGUGUAGGGAUUAGAAGGGCUAAGAGAGGAGGAAUCGGUAGCGGAUCCGAGUUUUCGAUGGGUUGGAAUCCGGUCGGCGGAAGUUGUGGCUAUGCUUCUCUUCUACGGGAAGCUGAUGAAAACGGUAAUCUGAAUAGAAGAUGUUAUCCCGAGGAUCGGAAGGGAAAAGUGACGGCUGAAUCCGUUCUUGAAGCGGUAAAUCUUGCCAUCAGCGGAAGGCCGUUUGAAGCCGUGUACUAUCCGAGGGCAAGUACCUCGGAGUUCUGCGUGAAGGCAUCGGAUGUUAGAGCUGCAUUGCGGAUACCAUGGUGCUUGGGAAUGAGGUUUAAAAUGGCUUUUGAGACGGAAGACUCGUCUCGUAUAAGCUGGUUUAUGGGCACUGUUUCGUCAGUUAAUGUCUCUGACCCCAUCCGUUGGCCAAAUUCUCCGUGGAGGCUGUUACAGGUUGCAUGGGAUGAGCCGGAUCUACUUCAAAACGUGAAGCGGGUGAACCCGUGGUUAGUUGAAUUGGUUUCCAAUAUACCCGCGAUCCCGUUUUCUUCGUACUCGCCACCUAGGAAGAAGAUGCGGCUUCCUCAACACUCGGAUUAUAACCUGAUCAACUCGAUCCCCAUUCCUUCGUUCUCAAGCAAUCACCUCGGGUCAGGCAGUCCGUUAGGUUGUGUUCCGGAUAAUAUACCUGUCGGUUUACAGGGAGCCAGGCAUGCUCAGUACGAGUUAUCAUCCUCGGAUCUCCACCACUUGAACAUGCUGCCACCAGGUUUUUUCCCGAUCCGUUUUCAGGGUUUCGAUCGUUCCGUUCCUCCGCUCGGAUUGCUUCCCAGCGGAAACCCGCUGAGGAACGGCGGCAAUGGUGAGAAAGGAUCGUGCUUCUUGACAAUGGGAAGCCCUUCUCGUCUUCUCAAGGAUGAUACCGAGUCCAAAAAGCCUCACAUUGUUCUGUUUGGCAAGCUCAUCCUCCCCGAGGAGCCAAAACCCGAGAACGAAUCCGCUGAUACGAAUCCCGAGAAAACCCCGAUUUCAUCAGGCGCGUCGAACCAGAACGGCACGAAGGAGAUAUCGUCUUCGGACGAGAGGUCACCUUGCUCCAAGGAUCAUCGCAAGGACAGUGAUGCAGGAGGAUUGGAGACAGGACAUUGCAAAGUGUUCAUCGAAUCCGACAACGUAGGUAGAACCUUAGAUCUCUCGGUUCUCGGGUCAUACGAAGAACUGUGUCGGAAGCUCUCGGACAUGUUCGGUAUCGAGAAUCCGGAAAAGUUGAGCUCUGUUCUCUAUUGUGAUGCAUCAGGAGCCAUCAAAUAUGCAGGAAAAGAACCCUUCAGUGAAUUUUUGAAGACGGCGAGGCGAUUAACGGUUUUGACGGAUCAAGGAAGCGAGAACGUAGUGAGAUAGAGGAUGAGGAGGAGGUUUGGUCGUGUGAAUGUGAAGUGAGUUCUUAUCCAACGUUGUAUAGACAUGAAGGCGAAUCCCAUGUUUCCCACUUGCUUCUCUUGAUA